UAGAUUCCCAUGGCCUUUGCGGAAUGAGAGAAACGAUGGAAAUCUUCCCAGGAGACAUGGCAUUGGGUAUCGGUCCUCAAAUAUCUCUGACAUUAUUUUGCCAUCUCACAGAUGCUACCGGUCAGAACUUCAUGUGUUUAAUUCCACAAAACGAAGUAGUCGAUAACCAGCAAGGAUGAGAAGCUUUCAUCGCGUUAGGAAUGUCGGAAUGCAGUCACUAAGACGAAAAGCACUCCUUAUCAGUAGGAAGAUCCGGCCGGCCCAAGAGUAACAUUUCAGUGUAGCAGACGGGGAGCGUACAUUUCUCGAACGUUUCUUCUGCACGUACGUAUGUAUACACAGACAGACAUACGUACACAGUGGAUUCAAGACGAGACGAAGAAUUUGCAGAAUUGGACGAAGAUUAACGAUAAAACCAAGAGUCAGUAUCGAUCGUGAAGAAAAGGGUUGGGUUGUGUGAUUGCUCGUGUUGGAUGCUGAAUUUCAGUUCUACCCUGAUACAUCGGCCGUCGGUGAUGCUGUCCGCGUGCGAUAGCAGAGACAUGGCGGCACGAGCUGCCGAAGGGCUCGCAUCCACAGCUCUUCGGAACGUACUGCAGCGCGUGCAACAGGCUGCAGAACGCGCCUCUCGUCAAGCUUCUCAGGUGAGGGUCGUUGCAGUCAGCAAGACGAAACCCGUGGUUCUCCUCCAGGAGGUGUAUGAUGCUGGACACCGCCACUUCGGAGAAAACUACGUUCAGGAGAUCAUCGAGAAAGCGCCACAGAUGCCCAAGGACGUCCAGUGGCAUUUCAUAGGGCAUUUGCAAAGCAAUAAGGCGAAGGCGCUUCUAGCUGGUGUACCCAAUCUGUAUAUGGUGGAAGGUGUUGACAGCCCCAAGGUUGCAAAUCAUCUGGAGAAAGCCGUCGCAGGGUUGGAAAGAAAUCCUCUGAAAGUGCUGGUACAAGUCAACACAAGUGGAGAAGAAUCAAAGUCUGGAGUCGAACCAUCGGAGUGCGUUGAGCUUGCAAGGCAUGUGAAAUUGGAGUGUCCGCACCUGGAAUUUUCAGGGCUGAUGACCAUCGGCAACGCCGACUACACUUCAACUCCUGAGAACUUCAAGACUUUGGCAAGCUGUCGUGAUCAGAUUUGUAAAGAGCUACAGAUAUCUCCCGAACAGUGCGAACUCUCUAUGGGCAUGUCGGGGGAUUUCGAAUUAGCGAUCGAGAUGGGUAGUACCAACGUAAGAAUCGGUUCAACUAUCUUUGGAGCGCGUUCGUAUCCUGUGAAGACUUAAUGUCUCGCGUGUGAUUCGAGAAACAUCCUUAUGCAGAACUGCUUCCGCGUGACAACAUAUGUAGAUAUGUUCUCCAGCAGCUAGUUACAAUGUUUAACCAGCCUUCUGUGUCACAUGAUUAGACUUGCGACUUUGAUCAGAAAAUGUGUGUUAGUGUUUAAGCUAGCAACUUGAUUACGGAAGGGCACUGAUCGAGAUGAAGUUUGCAAGGAGAUGUGACCCUGUAUUCUUGUCGACAAGACAAAGAGAUUCUCAGUCUUGAGUAUUAUUUAGCCCGAGCAAUCGGACUUGGUUGAUACAAGUGUAUGGCUUUGUGAGCGCUCGGUCGAAAUAGAAUUAUACCCGUAGCAGGAGAGGUAAGGGACUUGCCGAAGCGGUUUAAAGUCUUCCUAGCUGUCUUCAAGAUGUAGUUUAUAGCCAGAGUCAGGGCACAUAACAUAUGAAAAACAUGUACAAUCUGAAUAAGACUACUGGUGACUGGUUUGUUCUUAUCUA